ACCACACAGACAGCACGAUAGUCUUGCAGAGGAGAGCGUUUCUCACGAGUGGAUUUACAACUGACUGACCAAUCAACCUUCAUCAGAACUUUCUGAAGUUGUGGUGGUGGGAAAGUGGUGGUGGGAAAGCUAGGUUUUCAGGGAGGUUGCUGACAGCCAGGUGAUGACCAGCAUCUUUCACCAGUAGUCUCCUGGUCUUCCACUGCAUCUCCAAUUUCUUGCCACCACAGACGGAUGUUUCAGUGAAGUAGUUUUGCUGCAACCUCUCUGCCAUCUGCCAUGCGAUGGGCGCUAGAGCACAUCCCGUUGAGGAAGUCGGUAGCUAGGGGUGGAGGAGCAAAGUUCAAGUUAACAAAGCUGAUGUUUAAUGGUAGCUACUAGAGAUCCUGGAUGCUGACUCUGCCUGGGUUUUCAAGAUACCUGGAUCUCAAAGAUGAGCUGCUUUUGAUGCUGAAAUGCACUGACACGGCACUACUUUGUGACAUCACACAUCAGUCUUUGAUAAGACAGGACCUGAGUAACCUGAGUAAGUCAUCAGACGCCUGUUAUCAGAACCACAAGAAGAGGAAGGCAUGUGUUUCAAGUUUUCCUGCUCUUACUAAGGAGACGUUGCUCUUGAUGCUGGAAUGCCCUGAAACUGCACCACUUUGUGAUGACAUCAAACAUCAGAGAAACUACAUCCAAGGUGCCUUGGGCCUAUUUAGAAUGUACUAGGCUGUUAAAUGAGAAAAAAAGGUUAUAUGGGCAAUUCCAUGCUGGUGGAGACACAGAACCAAACAAUUAUUUCACGGUU